AGCAACAUAUUGUAGUGUCAUUCUGGGAUGGGCACAAGAGGAUUAUGAAUGUUACUCACCCAGUGAUGUGUUCUCUUUGUGAACAACAUUUGAUAAUUGUAAAGAUGACUCAUCAGACUAAUAGUGCCGAAGGACACUGUUGGGUCACUGGUAACCAGGGACAGAAGGGACUCUUCUCUUGGUGCUACAGAAGAUGAAGGACUCCACUUUACUGUGGAGAAAUAUGACAACCUAAGAAUGGAGAGAACAGAGGUUCUGAUGAUCUACAGUUGAUGGUGGAGGGUACAGAAUUUUACUGAACCACCCUUGGUUUUCAGAAAACUAACAGAAGGUAAUACAUGGAGAGCAGUAACUGAAAUGCAGCUGGGAAGAGAGCUCUGAAACAUUUGCUUUGGAACAUUUACUAGUGACCUUUAGCCCUCUCAGGCGACGCCUAGCAGUAUACAGGCGGUUGGCACGAACGCCCCAACGAGCCAAAACCCUAAAUUUUGGCUUCCGCCCAAGGGUCAACUCACUAUCCUGAAAGUCACCCUCCCAAGAAGAAGGGACAGAAAGAAAGACCUCUUUGUAAGAAAGGUUUGGGUGUCCCAUGAACGAGACAGCAGAAAACCGAUUGGGGUGCAGCAGGACUCCAGAGCCAGAUAUAAGGCUCAGAAAAAGGCACCAACUUGAUGGUACAAGGAGAGAUGAUAAUGACAGCUACCAAGGAGAUCUGGAGCCUGUUUUAGAGGCAUCUGUUCUUUCUUCUCAUCAUAAAAAAAGCCCUGAGGAACACGAAUGCAAUGAUGAAGCUUCUCAGGAAGAUGAGGGGUUUAUGGGCAUGUCCCCUCUCUUACAAGCCCACCAUGCUAUGGAACGAAUGGAAGAGUUUGUCUGUAAGGUUUGGGAAGGUCGAUGGCGAGUAAUCCCUCAUGAUGUCCUACCAGACUGGCUCAAGGAUAACGACUUUCUUCUGCAUGGACACCGGCCCCCUAUGCCUUCUUUCCGGGCCUGUUUUAAGAGCAUUUUCAGAAUACACACAGAAACAGGCAACAUCUGGACACAUCUCUUAGGUUGUGUAUUCUUCUUGUGCCUGGGGAUCUUUUAUAUGUUUCGCCCAAACAUCUCCUUUGUGGCCCCUCUGCAAGAGAAGGUAGUCUUUGGAUUAUUCUUCUUGGGGGCCAUUCUCUGCCUUUCUUUUUCAUGGCUCUUCCACACAGUCUACUGCCAUUCAGAAGGGGUCUCCCGGAUCUUCUCUAAACUGGAUUACUCUGGUAUUGCUCUUCUGAUUAUGGGAAGUUUUGUCCCUUGGCUUUAUUAUUCUUUCUACUGUAAUCCACAACCUUGCUUCAUCUACUUGAUUGUCAUCUGUGUGCUGGGCAUCGCGGCCAUUAUAGUCUCCCAGUGGGACAUGUUUGCCACCCCUCAAUAUCGAGGAGUAAGAGCAGGAGUGUUUUUGGGCCUAGGCCUGAGUGGAAUCAUCCCUACCUUGCACUAUGUCAUCUCGGAGGGAUUCCUGAAGGCUGCCACCAUCGGCCAGAUUGGUUGGUUGAUGCUGAUGGCCAGCCUCUAUAUCACGGGAGCUGCCCUUUAUGCUGCCCGCAUCCCCGAGCGCUUCUUUCCUGGCAAGUGUGACAUCUGGUUUCACUCGCAUCAGCUGUUUCACAUCUUUGUGGUUGCCGGCGCUUUCGUUCACUUCCACGGUGUCUCGAAUCUCCAGGAGUUCCGCUUCAUGAUUGGCGGGGGCUGCAGUGAAGAGGACGCGCUGUGAUACCUGCCACUACACAGGGACUGUGACCCUGAGCGAGACCCUGCACGCCACAGGCCUCCCUUACUGGCCGUGAUGCCAGUACCAGAGGAGCACCCAGACUUCGCCGGCCUCGUGGGCUUUGUGGUGCCCCCGGAACUCCACGCGGUACACCACUGAGAAGAGAAACACGAAAAUAAAUCAUACCUCAAA